AUGUCCUGCUCAACGGAGACGUAUGAUUCGAUUCCAGGAGGAAACAAGAUCACAUUCUUGCUACAGGCCAUUCGAGAUGUGUCCGUCGCAGAAGAGGCUCGGCAGAUGGCUGCGGUGCUGUUGCGGAGGCUGCUGUCGUCGGCCUUUGAGGAGGUGUUCCCGGGGCUCACGCUGGAGAUGCAGAUGGCCGUGAAGACAGAGCUGCUCACGGCAAUCUCUCACGAAACCUCCCCAAACAUCCGCAAGAAAGUGUGUGACAUCGCCGCCGAGCUCUCCAGAAACCUCAUCGACGACGAUGGGAACAACCAAUGGCCCGAGGUUCUAAAGUUUCUCUUCGAUUCGGUCAAUUCUGACAACGCAAGUUUGAAAGAAGCCGCGCUGCACAUAUUCUGGAAUUUCCCUGGCAUAUUUGGUAACCAGCAGCAGCACUAUCUAGAUGUUAUCAAGAGAAUGCUGGUUCAGUGUAUGCAGGACCAAGCCAACCCACAGAUUAAGAUGCUGGCGUCUCGAGCUGCUGCGUCCUUUGUUUUGGCGAAUGAAGGAAACUCUGCGCUCCUCAAACAGUUCUCAGAUCUGCUGCCUGGAGUUCUACAAUCCGUGAAUGACUCGUGUUACCAAGGCGACGACUCUGUGCUGAAGUCGCUGGUAGAAAUCGCAGACACAGCUCCGAAAUACCUGCGACCGAACCUGGAGGCGACGCUGCAGCUCUGUCUCAAGCUCUGCGCUGACACAAACCUGUCCAACAUGCAGCGGCAGCUCUCCCUCGAGGUCAUCGUCACGUUAUCAGAGACCGCGGCCGCCAUGUUGAGGAAGCACCAGGCCCUCGUGGCUCAGAGCGUUCCCCAGAUGUUGACCAUGAUGGUGGAUUUGGAAGAGGACGAGGACUGGGCCCAGGCGGACGAGCUGGAGGACGAUGACUUUGACAGUAAUGCGGUGGCUGGAGAGAGUGCUCUGGACAGAAUUGCCUGUGGCCUCGGAGGGAAGAUCAUCUUACCCAUCAUCAAACAGCACAUUAUGCAGAUGCUCCAGAAUCAGGACUGGAAGUACCGGCACGCAGGGCUCAUGGCUCUGUCUGCGAUCGGAGAAGGAUGUCACCAACAGAUGGAGACUAUUCUGAACGAGAUUGUCUGCGUGGUGCUCCGCUUUUGCGCCGACCCGCAUCCUCGUGUGCGGUACGCAGCCUGUAACGCGAUUGGACAGAUGGCCACAGACUUCGCUCCCACUUUUCAGAAGAAGUUCCACGACAAGGUGAUCGUGGCUCUGCUGGAGACCAUGAAGGACCAGGGGAACCCCAGAGUCCAGGCCCAUGCUGCAGCCGCGCUCAUUAACUUCACAGAAGACUGCCCAAAGUCUCUGCUUGUCCCGUACCUGGACAGUCUGGUCCAGCAUCUGUGCGCCAUCAUGCAGGCCAAGCUACAGGAGCUGAUCCAAAAGGGCACGAAGCUGGUCCUGGAGCAAGUAGUGACGUCCAUCGCCUCCGUGGCCGACACGGCGGAGGAGAAGUUUGUGCCGUACUACGACCUCUUCAUGCCGUCGCUCAAGAACAUUGUGGAGAACGCGGUUCAGAAGGAGCUGCGGCUGCUGCGCGGGAAGACCAUCGAGUGCAUCAGCCUCAUCGGGCUCGCUGUGGGCAAAGAGAAGUUCAUGUCUGACGCCGCAGCAGUGAUGCAGCUGCUGCUGAAAACACAGACAGACUUCAACGACCUCGAGGACGACGAUCCACAGACGUCCUACAUGAUCUCGGCCUGGGCUCGCAUGUGUAAGAUCCUGGGGAAGGAGUUCCAGCAGUACCUUCCUGUGGUGAUGGGGCCCCUCAUGAGAACCGCCUCCAUCAAACCAGAGGUGGCGCUACUCGACACUCAGGACAUGGAGAGCAUCUCUGAGGACGACGGUUGGGAGUUUGUGAACCUCGGAGAUCAGCAGAGCUUCGGAAUAAAGACGGCAGGGCUGGAGGAGAAGGCCACGGCCUGCCAGAUGCUGGUGUGCUACGCCAAAGAACUGAAGGAGGGCUUUGUGGAGUACGCCGAGGAAGUGGCCAAACUCAUGGUUCCUCUGCUCAAGUUCUACUUCCACGAUGGUGUGCGAGUGGCGGCUGCAGAGUCCAUGCCGCUCCUGCUGGAGUGUGCUCAGGUGCGGGGCCCUCAGUAUCUCUCUGACAUGUGGAAGUUCAUGAGCGAGCCGCUGAUCAAAGCCAUCGGCACGGAGCCCGACUCGGACGUGUUGUCGGAGGUCAUGCACGCCUUCGCCAAGUGCAUGGAGCUGAUGGGUGACGGCUGUCUGGAGAAGGCCCAGUUUGAGGAGCUGGGGGGGAUCCUGAAGGCCAAGCUGGAGGAGCACUUCAAGAACCAGAGACUCAGACAAGACAAAAGAGAAGAUGAAGACUACGAUGAGCAGGUGGAGGAGACGUUACAAGACGAGGACGAGAACGACGUGUACAUUUUGACCAAAGUGUCGGACAUCCUGCACUCGGUCUUCAGCUCGCACAAAGAGAACGUCCUGCUGUGGUUUGAGCAGCUGAUGCCGCUGAUCGUGGAGCUGCUGAGAGCAGAGCGGCCCUGGGCGGACAGACAGUGGGGCUUGUGUAUCUUUGACGACGUGGUGGAGCACUGCAGCCCCUCCUCCUUCAGAUACGCAGACUUCUUCUUGGGGCCGAUGCUGCAGUCGCUCGUGGACCCGGUGGCCGAGGUACGGCAGGCGGCUGCGUACGGUGUGGGCGUUAUGGCGCAGUAUGGUGGCGCCAACUACUGCAAGUUCUGUAAAGGUAUUACAGCAGUAAUAUAG